AGUCUCCACCCGGCUCCCCCGCCCGCCCCGUGCAGGCUGUGGAGACUCCCUUCCCGGGGGAGGGGGCUCCCGCUGCUGCAGGUGCCCCCUCUGCCUCCACCCUGGUGAGAAGGGGGUGCUAGGGAGGGCAUCUGGAUCCUGAGACCGGCGCAGAUGAUCAGCUUGCAGGAGGGGAUGGGGUCAAAGGUGGAAGGCUUCAAGCUGGCAGGAGAGAAGGGGGCCAGGACUGGGUAUGGGAAGGAGAAGGACAUUGUCUGCCAGGACUGAGAGGAGGAUGGGCAUUCCAGGCCUGGGGCAGGUGGCUGCAGCUGCAAGGGGGCUGCUGAGAGCGGGCAGGUUGAUUUCUGAAUUCCUGGUGGGGCUGGGAGUCAGGCUGCUGGCCAGAAGCUCGAGGGGGCUUGGACAAAAAGAGGCAGAAACAACUUAGCUGUUCUUUUUAGCUCGGAAAUAGAAAAUGUCUGCAGACGGUGGAGGCAUCCAGGCCACCCAGGACAAGGAGACACCCCCGGAGAUUCCAGAUCGUGGACAUUCUCAUCAGGAAAUGCUUUCUAAGCUGGGGGAGGCAGUGCCUUCAGGGGACGCUCAGGAGUCAUUGCACAUUAAGACGGAGCCAGAAGAGCUACACCCCGAGGGGGCAUCGCAGGAGGAUGGGGCUCAAGGUGCUUGGGGCUGGGCACCCCUAAGUCACGGCUCUAAGGAGAAAGCUCUCUUCCUGCCUGGCGGAGCCCUCCCUUCCCCCCGGAUCCCGGUGCUUUCCCGAGAGGGGAGGACCAGAGACCGGCAGAUGGCCGCGGCACUCCUCACUGCCUGGUCCCAGAUGCCAGUGACUUUUGAGGAUGUGGCCUUGUACCUCUCGCGGGAGGAGUGGGGUCGGCUGGACCACACGCAGCAGAACUUCUACAGGGAUGUCCUGCAGAAGAGAAACGGGCUGUCAUUGGGCUUUCCCUUCAGCAGGCCUUUCUGGGCCCCUCAAGCGCUGGGCAAGGGCGAGGCCUCAGGCUCCAGCCGGCAGACAGGAGAUGAGAAGGAGGAGUGGAGAGGCGCGUACUCAGGAGCUAUCGAGGUGGGGCAGAGGAUGCCGACUUCAUCGGUGGCAGCCCUUGGAGAUGUGAAGCCCUUCAGAAACAGGGCGGGGAGAGUCCAGGGGGGCGUUCCGCAGUGCGCGCAGGAAGCAGCUUGCGGCCGGAACUCAGGGCCGGCCAAAGACUCCGGGCAGCUGGCUAAUCCAGAUGGCACUCCAGUUGCAGCUCCGCCAGACCCCAGUCCCACGGAGCCCCAGGAGGGCCGCGUCCCGGAGAAGCCCAGCGAGGAAGAGAAGGGAGCCCCAGAGAGUGGCGAGGAGGGUCUGGCCCCUGACAGCGAGGCGGGCAGGAAGAGCUACCGGUGCGAGCAGUGCGGCAAGGGCUUCAGCUGGCACUCGCACCUGGUGACGCACCGGCGCACGCACACGGGCGAGAAGCCCUACGCCUGCACUGACUGCGGGAAGCGCUUCGGCCGCAGCUCGCACCUCAUCCAGCACCAGAUCAUCCACACGGGCGAGAAGCCCUACACGUGCCCCGCCUGCCGGAAGAGCUUCAGCCACCACUCCACACUGAUCCAGCACCAGCGCAUCCACACUGGAGAGAAGCCCUACGUUUGCGACCGCUGCACCAAGCGCUUCACCCGACGCUCGGACUUGGUCACCCACCAGGGCACCCACACGGGCGCCAAGCCGCACAAGUGCCCCAUCUGCGGCAAGUGCUUCACGCAGAGCUCGGCGCUGGUCACCCACCAGCGCACCCACACCGGGGUCAAGCCCUACCCGUGCCCCGAGUGCGGCAAGUGCUUCAGCCAGCGCUCCAACCUCAUCGCGCACAACCGCACGCACACGGGCGAGAAGCCGUACCACUGCCUCGACUGUGGCAAGAGCUUCAGCCACAGCUCGCACCUCACCGCGCACCAGCGCACCCACCGUGGCGUGCGGCCCUACGCCUGCCCACUGUGCGGCAAGAGCUUCAGCCGUCGCUCCAACCUGCACCGGCAUGAGAAGAUUCACACCACCGGGCCCAAGGCCCUGGCCAUGCUGAUGCUGGGGGCGGCGGCGGCGGGGGCUCUGGCCACACCCCCACCUGCUCCCACCUAGGAGGCCAGGAGAGGGGAAGCGGGGCGCCCGGGGCCACUGGGACAGCCCCACUGGAGUCAAGGCUCCGAGGGAGGAGAGAGGGGAGCGGGAAGGGAGCUAGGGCGGUGAGGGCAUGGGGUGAGGCAUGGCGACAGGGGAGGGCGAGAAGGGGCAGACACUCUGCGAAUUAAAGGCCUUGGACUUGAA